CUGAACUUCUACCAAGAUGUAGAACUUCUUCAAAGUCAUGGAAUAAACGUGGCGGAUAUAAAGAAGCUACAAGGAGUUGGUAUUUGUACAAUCAAAGGGAUCAUGAUGACCACAAGGAAGCGGUUAUGUGAUGUGAAGGGUCUUUCAGAAGCGAAGGUGGAUAAGAUCAAAGAAAUUGCUGCGAAGCUUACUAAGAACGGUUUUAUAACUGCACUGGAAGUAGUCGAACGUCGCAAACUUUGUUUUCGCAUCUCGACAGGAAGUCAUGAAUUGGAUAAGUUGUUAGGUGGCGGUAUUGAGAGUCAAGCGAUCACUGAGGUUUUUGGUGAAUUUCGUACUGGUAAAACACAAAUAUCACAUACCCUCUGCGCAACUUGUCAGAUGCCAAAUCCAUUGACUUCUUUCAAAGGCGGUAAAGUGGUUUUUAUCGAUACCGAGAAUACAUUCAGACCAAACAGAUUACGACAAAUUUGUGAUCGUUUUAAUAUGGAUCAAGACGCAAUGCUGGACAAUGUAUUGUAUGCAAGAGCGUAUACUUCAGAUCAUCAACUUGAGCUGCUCGACUAUGUUGCUGCUAAAUUUCAUGAGGAGCUGGGCGUAUUCAAACUGUUGAUUGUUGAUUCAAUUAUGGCACUGUUUCGGGUUGACUAUUCUGGUCGUGGUGAAUUAUCGGAACGACAACAAAAACUGGCUCAAAUGAUGUCUAGACUUCAGGCGCGUAUUUGUUGA